CCACGAUCUCCACACUGUCUAGGUCCAAAGGAGUUAUUCUCGCCUUUCAUUGAAAAUCCCAGCCCCGGAGAUUUUUCAUCUUGAUAGUCAACUAGAGUUCCGAUGGACGACGCACCUCAAAACGUCUACCCCAAUUGCGGCGACAGCCCUCUCUCGACAACGGGCAACGUACUUGGCAUCCUGACCUUUGCUCUCGGAGUAUUCGCGUAUUUGGCUGUGUUCUUCGCCAUGACUCGAGGCGCGGAGAACGAGAUCAGGUAUUGUGCCAGGGUGCUGGCCGAGACCGAGGACCACAUCAAGGAAAUCGAAUACUACAAGGACCUCCUCACAGCGCGGGGCGAUCAGGACGCCAGGAGGCUACGGGACGCCAUGGACACGUUCAGGAGGACGUAUUCGAAAAUUCAGCAAGAUCUGGACAACUUUAAAGACCGGUGCGGCAUCGGCAAUACGGAUCUAUCGGAUGAGAAGAGCGCGUGGACCGCAUCAACGUGGACGCGCAUCAAUUGGUGGUAUGCGGCGAGCAGCAUGACAGCGCAGAUGGGGAGAUUAGACAGCCACAAGCAACACUUUGCGGCGAUAGAGUUAACUGUCAUAUUAAGAAAGGUUUUGAAGCAGACCGACGACAUCAGAGAGGUAAAGAAAGCAGUCAAACAUUCGCCUAAGGACAAACCCCAUAGCGAUUUAGUCAAAUAAAAUCUUACCCAAGC